CAACGAACAAAAAUAUUCAUUCCCAGUUUCAAGCAGUUACAUGCUGCUUGUGUGAUUGAGCUGAGCAGAGUUGAGUAUCAAGGCUAUCAGUGGAAAAAAUUAAAAAUAAAAAUAUGCUGAUCACAUCAUCGUCCUUGAUGAUGGCAAUGGCCUUGCUAAUCACCAUGGUCAAGUCAACAACAACAUCACCAUUAAACGAUGAUAAUUAUGAAACCAUAUCACGUGCAAAAGCACUAUUGAAUAAAAUUGAUAAUGAAUACAGUAUUUGGAAUAAUAAAUUAACAGUUGCAGCCUGGAAUUAUGCAUCAAAUUUAACUGAUGAAAAUCUUGCAAAUCAAUUAAAAAUAUCAAGUGAUUUUGCUGAAUAUAUACGUGAAAUGUAUAAAGAAGUAUCUCAAUUUCCAUGGAAAAAUAUUAACAAUUUUGAUAUUAAUAGAAAAUUUUCAAAGCUAGCAUCACCAGGAUCAGCAGCAUUGUCAAAAGAAAAAUAUAUGGAAUAUCAAGAAAUAAUAACUGGCAUGGAAAAUUUAUAUUCAACAGCAAAAGUAUGUGAUUAUAAUGAAUUUGAUAAUUGUAAUUUGAAUUUAGAACCAGAAAUAACUGAAAUAAUGAUGACAAGUCGUGAACCAGAAAGAUUAAAACAUUUAUGGAAAUCAUGGCGUGAUGCAUCUGGUAAAAAAAUGAAAAAUGAUUAUAUAAAAUAUAUUGAACUCAGUAAUGAAAUAGCAAGAUUAAAUAAUUAUACUGAUAUGGCUGCAUACUGGAUGAAAGAAUAUGAGACAGAUAAUUUUCCCGAUCAAAUUGAAUUAUUAUGGCAACAAAUAAAACCAUUGUACUUACAAAUUCAUGCAUAUGUACGUCGUCAAUUAUUAAAUAAAUAUGGUACCAAUGUAUUGUCAAAAGAUGGUCCAAUACCAGCUCAUUUAUUGGGCAACAUGUGGGCACAAACAUGGAAUAACAUAGCUGAUUUUACAACACCAUAUCCAGGUAAAAAGCUACCAGAUGUUACUGAAGAAAUGAUAAAACAAGGCUAUGAUGAAAUUAAAAUAUUUAAAAUUGCUGAAGAUUUUUUUACAUCAUUAAAUUUAACACCAAUGCCAGAUACAUUUUGGAAUAAUUCAAUAUUAAAAAAACCUGAUAAUGUUGAUCUUAUUUGUCAUGCAAGUGCAUGGGAUUUUUAUGAUUCAAAUGAUUUUCGUAUAAAACAAUGUACAAGAAUAAAUAUGGAAGAUUUAUUAACAGCUCAUCAUGAAAUGGGACAUAUAGAAUAUUUUCUACAAUACAAAAAUCAACCAAUAAUGUAUAAAGAAGGUGCUAAUCCUGGUUUUCAUGAAGCUGUUGGUGAUACAAUUUCAUUGAGUGCAUCAACACCAGAACAUCUCAAAGAAAUUGGUCUUUUAAAUGAUACAUCAUCUGAUCAAGAAGCUUUUAUAAAUCAUUUGUACUUAAAAGGUCUUGAUAAAAUUGUUUUUCUUCCAUUUGCUUAUAUGAUGGACAAAUGGAGAUGGAAUGUUUUUCAAGGAAAAACAAAACCUGAUAAAUACAAUGAUGAUUGGUGGAAACUUGCUCUUGAGUAUCAGGGAAUUGUACCACCUGUUGAAAGAUCAUCUGAUGAUUUUGAUCCAGGUGCAAAGUAUCAUAUUGUUGCAUCAGUUGAAUAUAUUCGUUAUUUUGUAAGUUUUGUUGUACAAUUUCAAUUUCACAAAGCUCUUUGUAUUGAAGCUGAACAAUAUGAUCCAGAAAAUCCCCUGAGUAAACCACUUAGUCAAUGCAACAUCUAUGGAAAUAAAAAAGCUGGAAAAUUAUUUUCUGAUAUGUUGAGUCUUGGAUCAUCUGUUCCUUGGCAAGAUGCAAUGGAAAAAAUAACUGGACAACGACAAAUGGAUGCCAGUGGUCUUUUAGAAUACUUCAAACCACUCAGUGAUAUGCUAGAGGCUGAAAAUUUAAAAAAUAAUGAAUAUAUCGGUUGGAAAAAUUGAGACUUAUUAUUAUUUUUUAAUAAGAUAAAAAUAAAUUUGUUGAAUACCACAAUUAUUUAAAUAAUAACUUAAAAGAAAAUAAAUACGAGGUAAUUUAUGAGCUUGUUAUCACACUCCUCCAAGAAUCAUCAUUUUUUACAAAAAAAAAAAAAAAAAAAAACCACUGAUUUAUUUGUAAAAAAAUAUAUAAAAUCAAAUGAAAAAAAAAAAAAAAAGGAAACCAUGUGAAUUUUUAAAUAUAAAUGAUAUGAAUGUUCGAAGUUAAUAAAUUUAAAAAAUAUUAUUUGCCACGACCACGUCCUC